UUCGUAUCAACGGGCGCCCUUUUCCACAGCAUUUCGCGCCGUCUCGUCUAGUUUGUAAGCUGCUACUGCCCAGUUAGUGCCGUAGUCCCAAGUGUCGUUUUGGUUGUGGUUGGCAAGUUACUUUCGAAGCGCUUUUCCCCAGCGUUUGGGUGGGUGGCGGUUCGAAUCAAAGUGGCCAGCAAGGAUUAAGACAAAAAUAAAACCGCAAAAGCUUUCAGUUGGGGGACAACAACCGCAUGAUGCUCCCAAACAAACGCCGCAGAAUGGGCCGGAAAGUGACACUCGCCGUGGCAACGCUGAAUCAAUGGGCGCUGGAUUUCGAGGGAAACAUGUCCCGCAUCAUGGAAUCGAUUCUGGAGGCGCGCGAAAUGGGAGCGACCUACAGGACGGGACCGGAGCUUGAAGUGACUGGCUACAGCUGCGAGGACCACUUCCACGAGUCGGACACGUACCUGCACGCGUGGGAGAUCCUGGUGGAGAUCAUGAUGUCGCCGCACUGCCAGAACAUGCUGAUCGACGUCGGGAUGCCGGUGCAGCACCGGAACGUAGCCUACAACUGCCGGGUGGUGUUCCACAACAAGCGCAUCCUGCUGAUCCGGCCCAAGCUGGUGAUGUGCGACGAUGGCAACUACCGGGAGACGCGGUGGUUCUCCUCGUGGACCAAGGAACGUCAAACAGAGGAGUUCUACCUACCUCGAAUGGUGUCGGCGGCCACCGGUCAGCAUACGGUUCCGAUUGGGGAUGCCGUCAUUGCCACCAGGGAUACCUGCUUGGGGUACGAAAUAUGCGAGGAGCUGUGGACGCCGCGUAGUACCCACAUCGAUAUGUCUCUGUCCGGGGUGGAAAUCAUAGUCAACAGUUCCGGAAGCUACAUGCAGCUGCGAAAGGCUUACAUAACGACGGACUUGAUCAGGAAUGCGAGCUUCAAGGCAGGUGGAGCUUAUCUGUUUAGCAAUCUGCGGGGCUGUGACGGGCAGCGGGUUUAUUUCAACGGGUGUUCAGCAAUUGCCUUGAACGGUCAUGUCGUGGCGAGGGGAAAGCAAUUUGCGCUGGAAGAUGUUGAGGUCACCACGGCGACCAUUGAUCUGGAGGACAUACGGUCGUAUCGGGUAGCGAUGAGGUCGCGUUGUACGAUUGCGGCCUCGACUCCGACAUAUCCUCGGGUGAACGUAGACUUUGCCUUAUCUCAUGCAUGUGAUCUAAAUAUACCACCAAGCACACCGCUGGAGUGGGUUUACCACAGUGCCGAAGAGGAGAUUGCUCUGGGUCCGGCGUGUUGGCUGUGGGACUAUCUUCGUCGUUCUGGGCAAGGCGGGUUCUUCUUGCCGUUGAGCGGUGGAGUCGAUUCAAGCAGUACGGCGAUCAUCGUUCAUUCGAUGUGUCGUCUGGUGGUGAAGUCGGUGAUGCUUGGUGAUAUCCAGGUUCUUCACGAUAUCCGGAAGAUCCUGGCUGAUCCGGACUUUACACCGGAUAAUCCGGCUGCCUUGUGUAAUCGACUGCUGGUGACGUGCUACAUGGGAAGCGAGAAUUCCAGCAAGGAGACCCGCCAGAGAGCGACCAGCUUGGCUAACCAGAUCGGGAGUUACCAUUUGGAGAUCAACAUCGAUGGUGCUGUAAGUGCCUUAUUGGCGAUUUUUAACACAGUUACGGGUAUGAAGCCUUUGUUCAAGACCCAAGGGGGUUGCCCACGUCAGAACUUGGCGCUUCAGAAUAUCCAAGCCAGGACCAGGAUGGUCUUGUCAUAUCUAUUCGCUCAAUUAAUGCUUUGGGUGCGAAAUCGUCCUGGGGGGCUGCUGGUUCUGGGGUCCGCCAAUGUCGACGAAGCCUUGCGUGGUUACAUGACAAAGUAUGACUGUUCAUCCGCCGACAUCAACCCUAUUGGAGGCAUCUCCAAGACGGAUCUGAAACGAUUUUUGCUGUACGCCAAGGACAAGUUCAACCUUCCCAUUGUGUCGGAUAUCGUGACUGCUCCCCCUACUGCCGAGUUGGAGCCACUUCGCGAUGGUGCUCUCGCCCAGACGGAUGAAGAGGACAUGGGCAUGACCUAUAACGAGCUAAGCGAGUUUGGCCGCCUGCGGAAGCAGAACUACUGCGGCCCAUACAGCAUGUUCUGCAAGUUGGUUUCGAUGUGGAAGGACAGCCGUACCCCGCGGGAAAUCUCCGACAAAGUCAAGCACUUCUUCCGCUGUUACGCCAUCAACCGUCACAAGAUGACGGUGCUCACGCCUUCUUACCAUGCCGAAUCGUACAGCCCAGAUGACAACCGGUUCGAUCAUCGCCCGUUCCUGUACCGCGCCAACUGGAGCUGGCAGUUCAAGUGCAUCGACGAAGAGUUGGAGCGGAUCACGGGUCCUCCCACGGCCCCGCCGUCCUCCGGAGACGACAUCGGUUCCGCAAAGAGCGGACAUUCGCCGAGCAGUGGUCGGAGAACGACCUCCGGACUAGAGAAGCGCUCAUCGCCGUUGUUUUUCUCCGAAACGGUAACCACCGGGAUGAGUAGCGGGGGGAGUGCCCACCAGCUGAACAAUCACGUCCAGCACGGGCACGAAACGCUCAAGUUGACCAAGUCGCACAGCAGCGGGGGCUACUCGAAGAUGCACUCGAGUGUGAUGGGCAAGAUCAAAGAUCGGACCGGGGUGCCAGUUUAACUUUUUGAAAGGUGCUAGACCGGGGAAGCUUCCAGAAGGGUCGUCAAAAGGUAUCUAUGGAUUGUGUUAUGGUCAUAAAUCCAGCAAUGUAGAAUUUCGAACGCAAGUACAGCGUUUGAUAUAAUGAUUUUUGACAAAAAAAAUCUUAGAAAUCUACCAUUUUAAAUAAUGAGGCCAUUCAUUUUUGUUUUCACUUUAUAAACCUUCCUUCUUCUUAUUUCUAAGUCUAUUUUCCUAAUAUAAUUUUUAAGGACAUUUUUUUAUUUCGGCGAAUUCAACCAUUUAAUUAAAAGGUUUAUUAUUUUAUGGAAAUAUUCUAUACGAGCCAGAACCAAGCCGUGACAUGCCUUUUGCGACGUUUCUGGUAGACAAAUCAGUAGACGAAAUCAAUACCACGCAUAGGGCCAGUAGUAGUAGUAAGGGCAACAUAACAUAGAAGAACCAUGAUGCUUUAGUAAAACGAUAGCGAUUCAUACUUAUUAAAUAUAUAGCGCCUUCUCGAUAGUGUUACUUUCCGUUAGUUGUGCUUAAAAACUUUACGCGAAAAAUAUAUUUGAUAUUACCUACUACCAAAAAACAAUUACGAAUACAAUAAAUUGAAAUCUUUCAAUCACUGCGCACUUUCAUCGUCAAAGUGGAAAGCGAUCGAAGAACUUUUGGAUCAUAACCAUAUUCCUACUAAACUUUUAGAAUGUCAACUGUUAGGAUACGUGAAUAAGGAACAAAAAAAAUCAAUUAAUAAUGAUAGAAUUUCACACAAAAAACUACGAAAAAACACGAACAAGCAAACCAGCAGAGCAGACCUCAAUAAAGUAAUUGUUAGCACCACACAAUUUAGAGUUAUUAAAAUAUUAAACGAUUAAAUGAGCCGAUGCCAGUGUCGACGCAACGUUGGGCUGUGGCGGAUUUUUGCUAGUGAUUUCUAGGGAACAAGUAGCAUUCGAUUUGAUAAUGGGAAAAAACAGAAACAAUUAUAAACGAUAGUUAAUCUAGCUAUAGUGCGAACACUCACGAUUUCACGAGCACCAUGUUGAGCAGAACUCGGCGGGGGGUUUGUAGUGGAAAGAAUUUCCAUUAAUACAAUUUUAGAAAUUUAUAA